AUGCACCUGCCCCACUUCAAGGUCAUCAUCGUGGGAGCAUCCAUCGAAGGCAUUACCUUAGCAUACUGUCUGCACCGGGCAGGGAUCAACUAUCUUAUCCUCAAAAGGCGCAACGAACGUGUUCCUCCUCGAGAGGACCUACUGAUUGUCAUGCCAAACGGAGCACGGAUCUGGGAUCAAUUAGGCUUACUGGAUCGAAUAACGGACUUUAUUGUGCCAAUAGAGAAGGCGUACAUGACUCUACCAGAUACGGGCUCACACGAGAUUGGGUUCCCUAGAGUUCUACGUGAACGAUUCGGAUAUUCGCCGGCGUUCAUGAGUAAACGGAAAGUGCUUGAGAUGUUAUAUACCCACCUUCCGCGAAAUGAUAAACUCAAGUUCGACAAGAAUGUUGUCCGCAUAGAGACUGGGCCGAAUUGUAUGCGGGUCGUAACGUGGGAUGGAUAUGACUACGGAGGCGAUCUUGUCGUUGGAGCAGAUGGUGCGCACAGCAAGGUACGGGGUGAGAUGGCUCGACUGUCGAAACUAGAGGGAUUAACGAUGGAUGUCAACAAUUAUAUGACCGUCGAGUACGUUCGUAUUACAGGAGUUUCCACGCAAGAUUUGGACUAUCCAGCAUUGACUCGUGGCACCAUGUUGACCAGUAAUUGUGCAGGGCAGAACAUAACAUGCUUGGUGGGGAACAAUGCAGAGAUAAUCUGGAGUAUCUUCUUGAAGUUCGACUGUAAGUACCCCUACGGCAGUGCUCCAGAGCUUUCGGAAAAGGAAAUACGACAGCGCUGUGAGAAUACCGAACUAUACGACCAGGCUCUAUCCACCGAUCUGAAUUGGCGGGACGUGUGGGAUAGGCGAAAAUCGGUCAGUAUGAUGCCAAUGGAGGAAGGGCUACGUGAAAGGGGGCAUUGGAGGGACAUAACGGCACCUCAUACAGGACAAGAUACUAGCUGCUCUAUCGAGGAUGCCGCUGAGCUGGCUAAUUUGUUGUAUGGCCGCCUCCGGGGGAGGCGCACAAAGCCCUCGACAGAAGAAAUCAACAUACUACUCGGUACAUUCACGCAACGUCGUAUCCGACGCUUGAAGCCUAUCUAUCGCGAAGCCAAACGAGCAAUCCGCCACAUGACAUUCUGCGGGUCGUGGGAUCGACAUAUUGCGAGAUAUUACCUUACGAGAAAUGAGCAGGUCAUUGCCGAAUGGUUCUCCAAAGAUGUAGCAGGUGGAGUCUCAGUUAAAUUCCUUCCACUACCUGAACGUUCAGAGCUGGCAUGGUCAGAUAUUCAGCUCGAGCAAUAUACGUAUUGGUAUGGUCCUUUGCUAAUGAUGAUGUUGGUUGGGGUGGUGUUGGUACUAGUCGGAUUCAAUGUGGUUCCUGGGCUGCAUUACACACAGUGA